GGGGAAAAACAAUAUAUUUGUUUUGUCAGUUGGAAAUACUUGGAAUCCACCCCAAAUCCGAGGUUUCCAAAGUCUGAGGUCACCAAAAAUCUGCAAUUUUUGAGCUUUACCACUGAAACAGGGUACAAACGGAGAGAAAACAUUUUAUUGAGGGCCAAUUCGCUAACUUUCCUCUGAAGAUCAGGGGCAAAAUGGGGACAACGGGGAGAAAAGAAAUGGAUAAACAUUAAACAAUGAAAAACUGGUAUUAGCAACAGCCCAUAGUAAACGGAAGACAAUGGCCCCUGGUUUUGCUUCCCCCUGUGUCCAUGAAAACCAACUGUAUUUCUUCCUCUAUUCCUCUUCUCCUUCUACCUUCAACCCUAGAACUCUUCAACAAAUCCCUUACUUUCCUUUUACCCAACUUCACCCUUUUUAUCAAUUCACCUUCCCUCUUCCAUCGAUCCAUCUUCUCUUCUUAUCCAUGGCGAAACAGAGAGAGAUCCUCAUCAACAUCUGAUAAUGACUCCGUGACUUCUCAGCUUAGCUGUCUUUGUUUGUUUACGAGUUUCAUCCGCGCCCACAUCGAAAUUCUUUGACCCAGCUGCGAAUUGUGUCUAAAGCGCCGGCCUUUCAGCUUGGCUCUCUUUCUUUUACAGAGUUUGGUUAGUAGGAGGGAAGUGAAUGGGUGCAGAGUCAAGAAUUAUUAUUGAUAAUAAAGCGAUAGGGGUCGAAGAAUUCGAUCAGCUGGCUAAGGGAAAGAAACCAAUCGCGAACCCGGCGCCAAACCCUCCUCCGGCUAGGAAUGCCAAUAAUAGCAAGGGGAAGAAGAGCCGGCGACGCCAACAACAGAAGCAGCCCUCCGCUGCGGCGGUGAGGCCCGUGCAGCGGUUGUUCGACACUUGCAAGGAAGUGUUUAAAUCUGGUAGCGCUGGAAUUGUUCCCUCACCUGAUAAUGUCGAGAAGCUGAGAGCUGUUUUGGAUGAUAUCAAACCAGCUGAUCUUGGGCUUAACCCAGAAAUUGCUUGCCUGACUCUUGCAAAUUUGGAUGGAGCUGCUUCCAAUGGGAAAAAACCAGCAAUAAGAUACCUCCAUCUCCAUGAAUGCAGCAAGUUCUCAAUUGGGAUAUUCUGCUUGCCACCAGCAGGAGUCAUUCCACUUCAUAACCAUCCUGGAAUGACCGUGUUUAGCAAGCUCCUCUUCGGGACAAUGCAUAUAAAAUCAUAUGAUUGGGUACUCGACGAAGAAGGUAAGCAGCAGCCAGAAGUGAAGAACCAGCAACCGAAAGUUCGUUUGGCGAAGGUGAAGACCAACUCGGACCUCACAGCACCAUGCAACACCUCCAUACUCUACCCUGAAGAUGGAGGUAACAUGCAUUGCUUCACCGCGGUAACAGCCUGUGCAGUGUUAGAUGUCCUUGGUCCUCCUUACAACGAUGACGAAGGCAGGCAUUGCCAGUACUACUUCGACUUCCCAUUGUCCCAAUUUUCUGUCGAUGGAGUAGUAGUGCCUGAUGAAGAGAAGGAAGGGUAUGGUUGGCUACAGGAGAGGGACAGACCGGCGGACUUGGUUGUUCGCGGCGAAUUGUAUAGAGGACCACCCUUUUUCAAGUAAGCUCAGAGUACUACCCAAUCAACAUAGAAGAGAGAGCAAUUUACAGGAUACUGGAUGAAAGAGCUAGUAGAGCGGAUUCUUUGACAGAUGGAUGAAUAGAAAGAAGAAAGACUAGCUUUAGUUUCACACAGAACAGAUCCUUUUGCUAGUUGUAGUCUUGCUGCUUUAUAUUCCUCCAUAGCCUUUUCCUUUUGUGGUCUUUUCUCUCUCUUUUCUUGUGGUGGAACAUGGCGCUUGAGAGUUGAGACUUAAGACACCAGUCUUUGUUGUAACAUUUAGGGAUCCUCUGUACAUAGUUACACCGGAAAAUCAUUGGGUUCACAGUUGAAUGAGAUAAGAAGAAAAUGAAACACAAAGUGCUUGAGACAGUUCCUUUCUACAUCAUAUCAGUAGUACACUACUGCUACUUGCGACUCUCUUUGCUCAUUCAAAAGGAGCAAUAUUCUUUCUAUAAAACCAGAAUGCAUGCAUCGCCAGGAACAGGAUAGUGCUGGAAUGGGAAAGGAUCUUCAUUGGUGAGUUGCUAUAUUAAGAAAGGAAUCUGUGGGAGGUUGCAGGCUGUGGGGAAAGAUCCUACGCAAGCUUAGGGUUGAUGUGACGAUGUAUGAUAACGAUAUGAUGCUUGCUGGGGUGACAGGUGAUGUGUUGCUGCUGGUUUGGGAGGUGGCAGAAUUUUUUGGGGUGUAUUGGAAGAUGUGACGUUGUUGGGAUAAACAAGAUCACAAGAAAGUGAAGAAACAAUUAAAAUAACAUGAUAUAUAUGAACUAAUUAAAAUAAAUCAACUAAACAAUAUGAUUGAGAUCAAUUGAUAAUGAAAAAUCGAGUUAUCUUCUUGUUUUCCCCACGCGUCCCAUUUUGGAGCUCCAACCAUCGAAUUCAUAACUCACUUAUAUAAUUUAUUUUUCACAUACUAAUGCUAAAUUUAUUUACAUUCAUUUACGUUAUUCAUUUUUCCACACAAUCUCAUCUCAAUUUUCUUUUUAUCUUUGAUAAUGUAUAUGUAUAAUUUUAUUUAAGCAUGAGGCGCAAGCGACGAUUAUCCCUACAUGAAAUAUUGUUGGCUUAUUUUUAUCAAAAACUGCCAACAAGUACCUAAACUAAUGAUAACACCAUUAGUCUCAUAUUCGAAUUUCUUCUGUUGCACAUAAAUAUAAAAAUAAACCUAUGCUACCCUUAUAAAAAAAAGUUACGAAAACUCUUUAUUUUCCAAGUAUAUGGAAUAUGAGCCAAAAUGAGAAGCUUCUGAUUGGGGUAAGAUUGCUUCUGGGUGCUGUGUUCUUUGCCCAAGGGGAGUUGAGAGCCGGUUCCAGCUUUUCUAUCAGUACUGUCCCUUCUUCCUUUACAUAUUGCAGGUUGUCUUCCCUAUACACAUUCCCUGUUUUGGUGAUUGGGAUUCUCAUCUUGCUUGGGCAUCAUGAAUGUGGCAGGGAGGAUCAGAUUAUGAUCGAGCUGGCAGGAUCUUAAGGAGGAUGGUUAAUGGGCAUGUGUGGAAGGAGAGAUGUCACCACUGGUAUGGUGAUGGCGGCAUAGCUACCACAAGGCAAUUGGUUCAAAGAAUUGAAGUUGAUUGCUUGAUUACAAAGGAUCAUCUGGUUUUUGAUAGAUUUUUCAAACAAAGUAUAGCCACUGUAUAAAUGAGUUUUGAGCAGGUUUCUCAUAGUUUGUAAUAGAGUACUCUUGAGAGGACCCCUCGUAUUUGGGAGGAACGGAUCAAGUUAGUAACCUUAUGGUGAGUAACCAUGAAUAACCAGCUCAUAUCAGCAUCCCUCUCUCUCCUGGAAAGCAUUUAAUUUUCUCCUUUUUAAUCUUUGACGGACGAUUCCUCACUCGUUUUAAGUCGAAAUUUAAUUUUUUUUUGCACAGUUAGAUCAGAUUAAUUGUGCUCUUCAAAAUGAUAUCCACUUUGAUAUAUUUUUCGAACAAAAAAAAUUGAGUCAUUUUUUACCAGUCUAUACCAUAUGGUAUUGACUGGUAUUGAAAUAAGAACAUACCUAUGGU